AUGUCACAAGGAAACAAGGAAACGAAACACCUCGAGAAAACAGCAGCUCAAAAAGUGUCCAAAUUUGGAUCUUUCACAGCAGGAGGUCUCGCAGCAUGUAUUGCAGUCACCGUCACAAACCCAAUCGAAUUAGUCAAGAUUAGAAUGCAAUUACAGGGUGAAAUGUCUGCAUUAACUCAAAGAAUAUAUAAGAACCCUAUUCAGGGUAUGGGUGUGAUUUUCAAAAAUGAAGGUAUUAGGGGCCUUCAAAAGGGUCUAGUCGCCGCAUAUAUAUAUCAAAUUGGGUUGAAUGGGUCCAGAUUAGGGUUUUAUGAACCUAUCCGCUCCACUUUGAAUAGUUUCUUUUUCCCUGACGUGGAGAGUCAUAAGGUGCAAAAUGUGGGUGUUAAUGUUGUAUCCGGUGCUGCAUCCGGGAUUAUUGGUGCUGUUAUUGGAUCACCUUUGUUUCUUGUGAAAACAAGAAUGCAAUCAUAUUCAGAUGUCAUUAAGAUUGGGGAACAAACUCAUUAUACUGGGGUAUGGAAUGGAUUAUCUACCAUUUUCAAAAAUGAAGGGCUUAAAGGUCUUUUCCGUGGUAUAGAUGCAGCUAUUUUGAGAACAGGUGCUGGUUCCUCUGUUCAAUUACCAAUUUAUAAUACGGCCAAAAAUUUCCUUGUGAAAAAUGAUAUAAUGAAAGAUGGCCCCGCUCUACAUCUAACUGCAAGUACCAUUUCUGGAUUAGGUGUUGGUGUCGUGAUGAAUCCAUGGGACGUUAUCCUAACAAGAAUUUAUAACCAAAAGGGUGAUCUUUAUAAGGGUCCAUUAGAUUGUUUGAUUAAGACUGUUAGAAUCGAAGGUAUUACCGCUCUGUAUAAAGGUUUUGAAGCUCAAUUGUUUAGAAUCGCUCCACAUACAAUCAUGUGUCUGACAUUUAUGGAACAAACAAUGAAAUUAGUUUAUUCAGUCGAAAGUAGGAUUCUAGGGCAUAAUUAG